GGGUGCACGCCGCCGCGAGCGGGCCCCGGGCCGCACUUGAGGAAGUGCAACUUUCUCCUCGGCCCAGGGUCCCAGCGCCCGGCUCCGCUUGGCCGCGGGACGACCUCGCCGUGCGGGCGGCCGCCCCAGCCCGGGCGCUGGGCGAUGGGCGGUUCCCCGGCAGGUCCGGGCGCGGGCGGCCAAGUUCUCGGGAAGGGAGGGCCGCCUCGCAAACUUUGCCGAGCUGUCACCGCCCGCUGGCCGCAGCCGGCCGGCCGCCCGCGCCGCGCCCGCUCCCCCGGCGGAGGGCGGACGCAGGAGCCCUUCCACGCCGUCGCUUCCCCCGGGUCGCCGCCGUCUGCCCUGGAUCGCGGCUCCCUGCGCAGGAAACAUGCCCUGAACUGUCACAGAAUGAAACCCGCGCUCUUCAGCGUCCUGUGUGAGAUCAAAGAGAAAACAGGUCUCAGCAUCAGAGGAGCCCAGGAGGAGGACCCUCCCGAUCCCCAGCUAAUGAGACUGGACAAUAUGCUUUUGGCAGAAGGGGUUUCAGGUCCUGAGAAAGGUGGGGGAUCGGCGGCAGCAGCUGCAGCCGCGGCAGCCUCUGGAGGUUCUUCAGAUAACUCUAUUGAACACUCAGAUUACAGAGCCAAAUUGACCCAGAUCAGACAAAUCUAUCACACAGAACUGGAGAAAUAUGAACAGGCAUGUAAUGAAUUCACUACACACGUGAUGAACCUUCUCCGAGAGCAGAGUAGAACACGUCCCAUUUCCCCAAAAGAGAUUGAAAGAAUGGUGGGCAUCAUCCAUCGAAAAUUUAGUUCCAUUCAGAUGCAGCUCAAACAAAGCACUUGUGAAGCAGUUAUGAUUUUAAGAUCAAGGUUCCUUGAUGCCAGACGAAAAAGGCGUAACUUCAGUAAACAGGCCACAGAAAUCUUGAAUGAAUACUUUUACUCACACCUCAGCAACCCCUACCCCAGUGAAGAAGCCAAAGAGGAGCUGGCCAAGAAAUGCAGCAUCACAGUGUCACAGGUAUCCAACUGGUUUGGCAACAAACGAAUCAGGUACAAGAAGAAUAUCGGCAAGUUUCAGGAAGAAGCCAAUCUCUACGCUGCAAAGACAGCCGUGACAGCUGCACACGCAGUGGCCGCAGCCGUGCAGAACAACCAGACCAACUCGCCCACCACGCCAAAUUCUGGUUCUUCUGGUUCUUUUAACCUCCCAAAUUCUGGGGACAUGUUCAUGAACAUGCAGAGUCUGAAUGGGGAUUCUUACCAAGGGUCCCAAGUCGGAGCCAAUGUGCAAUCACAGGUGGAUACCCUCCGUCAUGUUAUCAAUCAGACGGGAGGCUACAGUGAUGGCCUUGGAGGAAACUCACUGUACAGUCCACAUAAUUUAAACGCUAAUGGAGGCUGGCAGGACGCAACAACUCCAUCUUCUGUGACUUCUCCUACAGAAGGCCCAGGAAGUGUGCACUCUGAUACCUCUAACUAAUCUCUGGUAACACUCUUCCCUGAGCUGACACGCCUUGAUAAGUGCGUUCAGAGCAACAGGAGGAAAAGGAAAGCGUUUUUGUAGCCCACCAUCUACAGCUUUACUGUAAAACCUUAUUAGAGAACUUGGUAAAUCUGUUUUUUAAGGAAUCAUAAUCAUUUGUAUUUAUACUUAAAAACACACAAUGUUAAAAAAGCACUUUAUCCAAUUAGGCCAAGAUUUAACAUUGUUGACAGUCCUAUAGCUAUUUUAUCAUAAUUUAUUAUCAAUAUUUUACAUUAAUGGUUUCUCACUUGCCAAUUACUUGGCCUUAAGGGUAAAAAGUACAAUAUAUGCUAAACCUCAAUUGCUAAAGCAGAUACAAAGACUCACCUCACCUAAAUUGAACUUCUUGCAUAUUUCCAUUGCAGACUUUGAUUGUCCUUCUUUCAUAUCACUAAUGGAGUUGGAAUAAAGGAGCUGUUUGGCUACCUGUUAAUGAUGGUUGUGUUUAAGAAUCUUCCUCGUCACUCUUGGGUUUCGAUCUCUUAUGUUAUAAUUAGAUCAGAGACCGGUAGCAUCUUUUCUCUCUCUGAAAGCACCAGUGCCCAGAGUCUGCUCGGUAAUUAAAUUAUGGAUCCAGAUUGUUUUGAGAGCUGAAGAUACUUGCUGCUGAUAGAGGUGACCGCGAGAUCCGUCUGGGGUUUUAUGGCGUGCACUGGGUGCUGCACAGACUUGUCAAGGUUUGCUACGUCCUCUGGGCAUUCACAAAGGCCCUGCUCUCUGGAGUGUUGUAUAUAGUGUAGCAAAAGAGUAUUUAUACAUCUCACCAAUCAAAACACAGCUUUAUUACCUCAUGCGAACUCAUACAAACCAAUAGAAUUUCAACAUGUUCUGUAGCUUAGAGUGCUCACUUACUACCUCUGAACAAUACUCACGCUGUAGUUUGUCUCUUUCUUAUCUUUUUGCAUCUGUAAUUAACUCUUUGUUUCCCUUCAUAAAAUGUAAUGUACAUUGUAAUCUUUUAAAAGAAAAAUCAGGGUUGCAUUUGCAACUUUUAAAAAACCGAGAGUGGAAACAUUGGGUCUUAAAUUAACACAGGAUCAGUAAAACUGUUGUAAAUACUAAGAAACAUUUUGAAUGUUCUUCAUCUUGUUACUAAUCCAUGCAAAAAAAAAAAAAAAGCGAUGACUAAUUGUGAUGCAUUCAGAUUUCAGUAUUCAGUACUGUAUA